ACCACACCCCCACAAAUGUUAUUACCAUUAUUCUUCUUCAAACUAACCAACAACAAUAAGCACAUGCAAUUCUUUCACAUUCCCAUCAUUCCAACACAAAAACCAUGACCAAACUCAGCAAUCUCAAUCUCAAUCUUAAUCUCACAACCCCCCAACAAGAUCUCCCCAAUGGAAACAACAUCUUCACUCUAAUGCAACAUAUCCAAAUGUUGGAGAUUCUUCUAGCAAUCACUGUUUUCAUAGUGAUUCAUUCUCUAAGGCAAAAGAAGCAUUAUGGCUUACCAAUUUGGCCUCUUCUUGGAAUGUUACCUUCUUUGUUCUUUGCACUGAGAACUAACCUCUAUGAAUGGAUCACUGAUGUGCUUAAACAGCAAAAUGGUACAUUCAGAUUCAAAGGGCCUUGGUUUAGCAGCCUCAAUUGCAUUGUCACGGCCGAUCCGCGAAACCUCGAGCAUCUUCUCAAGACAAAGUUUUCUCUGUUCCCCAAAGGGAGAUACUUCAGGGACACGGUGAGAGACCUACUUGGAGAUGGAAUCUUCAACGCCGACGACGAGACGUGGCAGAAGCAGAGGAAAACAGCAAGCAUUGAGUUCCAUUCAGCAAAAUUCAGGAAGUUAACUACUGAAUCCUUGUUUGAGCUUGUUCAUUCAAGGCUCUUACCGGUCUUAGAAUCCACCGUUAAGGAGAAUGUUUCCAUUGAUUUACAAGACAUCUUGUUGAGACUAACUUUUGACAAUGUUUGUUUGAUUGCAUUUGGGGUUGAUCCCGGUUGCUUGCGGCCGGGGUUACCUAAAAUACCAUUUGCUAAGGCCUUUGAGGAUGCAACAGAAGUAACAGUUCUUCGAUUCGUUAUCCCAACAUGUGUGUGGAAGGCAAUGAGGUUCCUCAAUUUGGGGAUGGAGAGAAAGCUGAAGGAAUCUAUAAAAGGGGUUGAUGAGUUUGCUGAGAAUGUUAUAAGGACAAGAAAGAAAGAACUGUCUUUGUUGUGUGAUGAGAAGCAAAGAUCAGAUUUGUUAAGCAUUUUCAUGGGGCUGAAGGAUGAGAAUGGUGAAGCCUAUUCGGAUAAGUUCUUGAGGGAUAUAUGUGUGAACUUCAUUCUUGCAGGGAGAGACACUUCUUCUGUGGCUUUAAGCUGGUUUUUCUGGCUGCUUGAUCAGAACCCUGAAGUGGAAGAGAACAUAGUAGAAGAGAUAUGCAGGGUAGUGAAACAGAGAGAAGAUAUUGAUAUGAAUAUGAAUAUGAAGAAAGAAGAGUUUUUUGAGGGUUUGACAUUUAGGCCUGAAGAGAUUAAGAAGAUGGAUUAUUUGCAUGCUGCUCUUUCUGAAGCUCUCAGAUUGUACCCUUCUGUUCCUGUUGAUCACAAAGAGGUAGUUGAAGAUGACACAUUCCCAGAUGGAACAGUGCUAAAGAAGGGGACAAAAGUGAUCUAUGCAAUUUAUUCAAUGGGGAGAAUGGAAGACAUUUGGGGAAAAGAUUGCAGGGAAUUCAAGCCAGAAAGAUGGCUAAGAGAUAAUGCACGCUUCAUGAGUGAAUCUGCAUACAAAUUCACUGCCUUUAACGGCGGACCGCGGUUGUGCUUAGGCAAAGACUUUGCUUACUAUCAGAUGAAAUAUGCCGCCGCUAGCAUCAUAUUCCGCUACCGUGUUAAGGUGGUUGAGAACCACCCGGUGGUGCCUAAACUUGCACUGACUAUGUACAUGAAGCAUGGAAUCAAAGUUAACCUUCACAAGAGGGAUGCUAAAGAAAUUCACAAGUACUUGCGAGGUUGAUUAAGAAUGAAGUUAAUUAUGGUGUGGUAAUGACUAAUGAAGUAAUGAUGAGUACUGUAUUUUCCCUUUUUGGUCUUUUGUUUAAGGUAAUUAUUAAGGUGGAUUGUAAGUACAAAAUGAUAGUAAUGAAGGGGUUGGAUAUAAUCUUAAUUAGGAAGCUAAAGCAUGAAUAAUGAAUUUCAUGUUAAUUGAUGAUUAUGCAAUUGAUUUGAUUGGAUAUCUUGGAGUGGGAAUUGGAUUGCCUUAUUUC